GUCUUCUCUCUCUUACCUUGAGCUUCGGACAUAGUCAUCAUCAUCUUCUUCUUCCUCGUAAUACCCGAAAAAUCAAAACUUUUUAGGAUAUGGCUUCUGGGGAGAGCGAGUACAGGUGUUUCGUCGGAGGCUUAGCUUGGGCUACCAAUGAAGAGUCACUGGAGAGAAGUUUCAGCCAAUUCGGAGAUGUCCUCGACUGCAAGAUCAUCAUUGAUCGUGAGACAGGGAGGUCAAAAGGGUUUGGAUUUGUGACUUUUAAAGAUGAGGAAUCGUUGAGGUCUGCGAUUGAGAGGAUGAAUGGUCAAGAGCUUGAUGGUCGUAGCAUCACUGUUAAUGAAGCUCAGGCUCGUGGUUCUGGUGGUCGUGGUGGUAACGGUGGUGGUUAUAACCGUGGAGGAGGUGGUGGUUAUGGAGGAUCUGGUGGUGGUAGUUAUGGAGGUGGUGGUGGUGGUGGUUAUGGAGGAGGUGGUUAUGGAGGUAGACGUGAUCAACAAGGUGGUUAUAACCGUGGCGGUGGAGGUGGAGGAUACGGUGGUGGUGGUGGUUAUGGAGGUGAUCGUCGUGAUGGUGGUUAUGGUGGAGGAGGUUAUGGUGGUGAUGGAGGAGGUUACGGUGGUCAGGGACGAUCUGAUGGAGGAAGCUGGAGAAAUUAAGCUUUGUUGUGUCUUUGACUCUUUGUUGUUUACUUUUGGUUAUGGAUUUGGUUUAUGUUUUUAUUUGGUUCUCAUGUUUAAGUUUGGAAAAAAAAAAAACAAAAUAAAAGUGUGAUGGUUUGGUUCUUAUCACAUUCAAAGAA